AUGCUCUUCACGCCGAGUCCGCCGAGCACGCCGCCGAAAGUUCUGAAACGGCGGGCAACCUCGGAACCUACGUCACCGUCGCCGAAGAAGCCUCUCGCCGACGUUGACACGAACCGUUCCUCCUCCCCUCUCACCACCUCAUCGACGCCGAAACUCCCACCCGUUCCCGCCAAGCCGAAACAGGGCACACUGCUCGGCUUCAUCACACGGAAACCGGCAACGGCACGGCCAACGAAGCGACCACGAGAUGACGAACUGGCCGAGAAGAAGGUUAAGUCGAAGCGCAACGAGCAGCUCGUCUUCACGCAGGGAACGAGACAGACCUGCAAGCAGUGCAACAUGGCGUGGAUGCGCGGGGUCGAUGACGAGCUGCACGCUCAGCAUCACUCGCGUGUCCUCGAUGGUGUGCCAGUCACGAAGGCGCAGAGCUUCUCUUGGACUCUGGCCACGAGCAAGCCGCUAGCGAAGGGUAGCGCGGCGAUCUACAUGGCCGACUACACCGCUGGCAAGGUGACAGAAGCAUGCGACGCGGUUGACCGAGUGCUCAGCGCCGCAACCCUCCCAGCCGAGGUCAGGGGGAAGUGCAAGGUCUUCCUCGCUGUUGUCGGCACCCGCAUCGUCGGUGUUACUGUUUCCCAGCCUAUCAAGCACGCAAUGGCCGUGAUCGAGGACUCGGGCGACGCAGUCAAGUGCGACCCAAAGCGGCUCCCGACACCGUUAGGGAUCCAUCGCGUGUUCACGGUCCCAAGCCUCCGCGGCCAAGGAUUAGCGGCUGCGAUGCUCGAUGCCGCUGCCGGACACACAGUUUAUGGGCGCAGCUUCAAACCAGAGGAGGCGGCGUUCUCCCAGCCAACCGAGGGUGGACGCAAGGUCAUGCGCAAGUGGGGAGUCACGAGGGUCUUCGAGGAGGACGACCAGUAA